AUGCGCAGCAUCGUAUUCGAAUAUGCACCCGGUGGCAUAGUUCAUCACCAGCAGCCCAUUCUCCCUGCACACAUCCGCCAAAGUCAAAGUUCCCACCACAUUCGUACGGAUCGUCUCAGUCUUGUGAGACUCACACCAGUCGACAUUAGGCCUGCCAGUCACACCAGCCGCAUUGAAAACGUGUGUGGGCUUAACAGAUUUAAUAUCCGCCAAGAUCGAGGCCCGAUCCUGCAGGCGCCCCUUCCCAUACUCGUACGGAAUCCCCUGCUUCUCACAAAUCUUCCCGAGCAAGCCACCUAUCCAUCCUGUUCGCCCAACUUGAGGCCCGGAUUCUGGGCCGAAGGCCCAUUUACCACCUUGGUUGGGCUGGAGUUCUCCAAUGAUUCAGCCUUGAUGGGCUCGUACUUCUCAGCGCCACCUGGCAUCAUCAGCAUCCUCGGGUGGGGGAUCAGAGCUCCCGAAACAUCACCCCACCACUCGGGAUUGCUCGUGUACCACUCCAUAGUCUUCCUCAGACCCUCCUCCCAAGUGAUUCUUAAGCUUCUGGUCAUCAAGAAAGUACCUUUGAUCGUUAAACGGCCUGUUCUCAACAAACUCAAUGCUCUUCUCCGGGUCCAUAUUGAACAAUUUGCAUAUGUCAGUAGCAACAUCGAUCACCCUUCUCUCCUUCUUCGUCCCGAUAUUGUAAACAUGCCCGACUUCCCCUUUAUGAAGAACCACCUCAAAAGCCUCGGCCACAUCCUCACAGUAAAGGUAGCUCCUAACGUUAGACCCAUCUCCGUGGAUCGGGAGAAUGAAUUUCGGGAUAAGCUUCUCGGGAAAUUGAUUCGGGCCAUAGACAUUGUUCCCUCGAGUAGUGAUCACAGGCAGCCCGUACGAACGACCGUACGCCAUGACAAGCAUCUCGGCUCCAGCUUUUGUGGCAGAGUAAGGGUUCGUGGGGAGUAG